UGAAAAAUUUUUACGUCCGCCAAAAAGCAAAUAUUUUUCGGGACGAAGGCUUCCUUAGUUGGUUUAAAACCAGAAUUGUUCGCAAAGUGGAAGAAACGAAAAAUACUUGGAGAUCUGUUCCUUCAAAGAAGGCGAUGUAAUUAAACAAUAAUCAAGACAUAGCGCUGCAAGAGCAAUCUAAUUGGAUUUCACCAGAAAAAAUACAUUUAUAUUUUGGAGAAAUGUUUAAAGAAUUUUUGCAAAAGUGGCGUUUGUAAGCGAUAAUUUAAGUUUUGAACGUUAUUUUCUUCAGAAAAUGCAGCAAGUCGACGAUCCACCUUAUCUACUCGUUGGCACGGAGGUCAGUGCCAAAUAUAAAGGUGCAUUUUGCGAAGCCAAGGUUAGCAAAGUAGUGCGCAAUAUUAAAGUAAAAGUUGCUUAUAAACAAGGCCUCGGCUCUGGAAUUGUCUCAGAUGACGAUAUAAAAACGGGACCCGGUCAGUUAAGAGUUGGGGCUGUAGUAGAAGUACGACAUCCUGAGCGAAAGGAUUAUGUUGAAGCUACCAUUACCAAAAUACAAGAUUGCUCGCAAUAUACAGUAGUGUUUGACGACGGUGAUAUUACUACUUUGCGCCGGACAGCUUUGUGCUUAAAAAGUGGCCGUCACUUUAAUGAAAGUGAGACAUUAGAUCAACUUCCGCUUACGCAUCCUGAACAUUUCGGAAAUCCUGUAGUAGGAGGUCGUCGUGGACGAAGACGUGGCCAUAUGAACGAUGAAAGUUCCGAUGAUGAUGACGAAAGCGAUGCCAAGGAAGUUGUUAACGAAAAAGAGGAGCAUAUUGGUAAAGUAGUAUGUGUGGAAACAGAGUCAAAGAAAAAGGAUAAAGAAAAAUGGUUCCCGGCAUUAGUAGUUGCACCUACAGCGCAAGCUACAGUGCGUAUCCGCGUUAAAGACGAAUAUCUAGUGCGUUCUUUUAAGGACGGUCGCUACUACACAGUGCCAAAGAAAGAAGCCACCGAAUUUACUCGAGAAGCUGCCACAAAACAGGAUGGACCGGCGGUGCAAGCUGCCCUUGAGUAUAUGGACAACGACAUUUUACCACCUCAUUGGGAUCGCGAUUCGUUGUUUGGUCUUAGCAAUUCGUCGAGCGAAAACGAAGAUGAGAUUGACUUUGAUUCAUCUGACGACGAACCGCGAGAAGAAAAAGAUAGGUUUGUGGCCCAACUUUAUAAGUAUAUGGAUGACCGAGGAACUCCUUUAAACAAGGUACCUUCUAUACAAAAUCGUGACGUUGAUCUGUAUCGUCUAUUUCGAGCUGUACAAAAACGUGGCGGGUAUAAUCGAGUAACAGCUCAAAAUCAGUGGAAGUCAAUAGCAAUCCGUUUGGGCUUUACAUCUGUUACAAUAAGCAUAACGAAUUUGGUUAAGCAAGCAUUUAAAAAGUUUCUUCAACCAUAUGGCGAAUUCCAUCGAAAAUUGGGUUGUUCAAUGCUUAUGUCUCCACGUAACUCUAACCGCAGCAAAGGUCGAAGCUUAGUAAGAGCGAAUUCGGUGGCUUCCCCCAAACCAGCUGAUACUAAUAAAGAAACAAGUGCUUCUACUAGCAAAUUGGCUGCUAAUGUAUCUAUAAUUACGAAUUCUGCAACUACUGCUAACAUUACAUCGACUGUAGCUGCUGCGCCUUCAGAGGAAUCAGAAAACACAAGUGAAUCAAGUCAGGACGCGAGCAAGAACAAGCGGAAAACCUCUUUAAGCAGCUCCAACAUAACUACAGGCAAAGUCAAAAGUAUUAUUGAAAAAUAUGAGGAGAAAGCAUCUUUAAAGGAUGACGGCGAUAUACCGCUUUCAAAAAUGAAAGGAACCGGAGUUGGUAAAGAGAAAGAUGAAUCCAAGGAAAAGGAUAAGGAGAGUGGUGGUUCAAAAGAAUCUUCUGGUCAAGUUACAAGAGACUCUUCACCAACAAGUGCAGGUGUCUCAGUCAAAAAAGAAAAACAUCAACGUAAACAGUCGUCGCAAAGUGAUGAGAAGCGUGGAAAACGAAAAAAAGAUGAAGUAAUAGUUGAGAAAAUUGAUACCGGGGAUUUUAUUGUAGAAACUGGCGACAAACUGAAAGUUUAUUAUCAUGAAAAGAAAGUGACAUACGAGGCCAAGGUUAUUGAGAUUGCAGUACAACGCGGAACACCUAUGUAUUUGGUGCAUUAUACGGGCUGGAAUAAUCGUUACGAUGAAUGGGUACCCAGAGAGCGGAUUGCUGAAAAUCUUACUAAGUGCUUCAAGCAAAAAGGCCGUGCGGCUAAUACAGGUGUAAGCAAUGAAAAAUCCAAAGAGAAUCCCCCGAAACCUCCUGCAGCGAGUUCUUUAAUAUCGUCAUCCACGAGCGUUAUUAGCGGUAGCGGUCCUACCAAUAACACAACAUCUUCAACAGUGAAGGCUAGUGGGGGGGCUACUAAGAGAGGUCGCGGACGUAGCGACUCCAUGCCACCACGGUCUACUACACCGUCCUCUGUAGCUUCUAAUUCGAGUCGUACAAAGUCACCUGCUACUUCUGCUCUUAAGAAACGUCCCCAAAGGCAGCUACCGAAUACGUCACGAAGAGUUUCCACCAAUGUAUCCGAUGUGUCCGUUCCUACCGAAGACUCUGAGUCGGACUCGGAUGAGCCUGUACGUAGAACUGCACGUAGUGGAAAAAAUACAGGUACACUUAAAUCUCCAGGCAAGUCUAAAGCAUCUAUCUCGGCUCCCAAUAGCCAAUCAGAUACGGACGAUAAUGAAGAUGACGGUGAUGUAUCUACCACCGGCAGAAAUGUUCCACGCAAGGGACGAGAUUACGAUCUUAAUCAGAUACGUUCUGAAUUAAAAGGAUUUCAAAAUUUAAAAACUUGCUCUGAUCCGGAUAUUAGUGCAACUGAUGUGAAAGGGGAAAAUAAAGAUUCUUCAGUAAUAAAAACAAAAAAUGAAAAAACCGAUUAUGAUUUUAAAACAUUGUUGGCUCCGGGAAUUGUCAAUACCGCUACCACGUUUAAAGACGACAUAAAGCUGGAACGGAAGAUUGAAAUCAAUAAAAGAUCUUCGACAGAAAUUUCUUCUGAAACCGAUUCUUUUAACGAUGAUGAUUCGCAAUCUUCAGACAAGACUACACAAUUGGAAAAUAUGACAAAAAAAUUCCAGCAAAUAAUAAAUGCGGACAAACAACGCACACAAGAUAAGCCAGUUACUACACCCACAGUAGCUGUGAUAAACAAACCUACAGGCCCUUUAAGCAGUUCAAGAAUUGUGGAAAAAAUUAUUAAGGACAGAGAAAACGAAAAACGACAGGAAAGUUUAAAGACAAAACCAAGUCCUUUAAAGGAAGAAUCUAAGGUAUUCAGCGCAAUAGCAUCUUGCAAAGCCGAAAGUGAAUUGAAAAGUGGUAGUGUAUGUGUUGACUUAAGGGAGGAGGACAAGAAACAUGUAUUAAGCAGCGAUGCAAAAGUUAGUAUCAUAGCUCCUGCAAGAUUUGGAAAUACUGGGGGCUCUACUGUGAGCAAGUACACUUCAGUUAUCGUUGAAAAGCCCUUAGCAGUGGGCAAAAAGCCAGAGACCGUGCAAAAUAUCAAAAAGGCAGAAGGAACUAAAAAGCUUAUGCAAACCGAUAUCCAAUCAUCGAAGAAAUUUGUAGAGCCAUCUCAUCAUAAAGACAUACUCAAAGUGGAGCCUCCUACAGCUUGUUCACCCUCGUCAAUUUCCUCGAAUUCUUCUGUAUCCUCAUCUAAUUCUUCAUCGUCAUCUACAACGUCGACUUCACGUUCUCUACCAGAUAUGAGUAAACUAGAUAUUAGCGGCAGUUCAUCAAUGGUGUCAUCUUGCUCUUCCAGCACUUCAUCCUCCUCUUAUUCCAACGUCGGUAAAGAACAAAAAUUCAAUUCCCCUCCAGUUGAUAAACCUAAUUCUCCAGAUGUAUAUGAGUUCAAAGAUCCCGAACCGUUUGAGUUUGAAAUCCGUAAAUCCCCAAUGGUAGGAGCCUCAACUUCUUCCGUAAUAACAUCAAGUAUGGCUUCUUCAAGCUCCGGGAAUUUAGUACGUAAUAAGUUAUGUUCCAAAACGGAGCAUCAUACCAGUUUUGGCUCGAAUCCGAUGUCCACUUUGGUUAACCGCAAAAAACGUGGUUCUCCUAUGAAGGAAACCAUUAGCGAAAGAACAAAACACUUAAAAUUAGAAGAAAAGAAUACGUGUGGUGUUUCCCCUUUAGUAGCAGACGCUAAACUAUUGCACCACUCAUCAUCAGGCACAGGAUCUCUGGCAACUUCUUUAAUUGUAAAAUCAAAUCCAAGUGCGGGACAAAUCAAACCUGCCGUAAUUGCUACUUCUAUGCAUGCACCAACCCUUAUCAAAACGACAACAUCUAAUCUAACACCAUCAGCCAAUGCUACCUCGUUAUUAAAUCCCGUAAUCGCUCAAAAAUCAGAAUUAACAGCAUUUGAUGCUUUACGUAAAUCACCCAAUUUUAAUCUAAAUAUUAAUGCUUUAAAUGAAGAACUAGCCCAAACUGUGCAAGAAACGACCAGAGCACUAACUGAUGCGAUGCAAACGCCUCUAACUGCCACGUCAUUGCCCAAUACAGACGACACAACCCCUGUUAGACCGUCACUGUCAACAGCAUCAACUACAUCAACAACGGCGUUUGUGACAUCUCUUGCCAGCGCGCCGUCUACGUCGUCAGCAGUAAACCCUACUCCGAAAUUGAAUAAUCCGGCAAGUAAUACAACAGCAAAAAGCAUCGCUGGAAGCCCAUUCGUUGAAACGCGCAAAGAUUUGAGUAAUAUAUUUGAACUUUCGUUUGGGGCAAGCGCUAACGGUAGGGAUAAUAAGUUUGAAUUGGAAAAUGCGAAAAUACUACUUUCCGCCUCAGUUGGUGCUUUCGAUUUGGCUCCGUCGAAGUUAGAAACUAAACCGACCCCUUCCAUAGCAGACAAGGUUUUAAAGGCGAUUUCUCAAAAAAAAGAAGAAGAAGAAAACAGAAAACAAGAAGCGGCUUCAAAAGAAAAAGAUUUGGAAAUUAAGGAAAAAGAAACGCUCCCAAUUUUAGGAGGCGUAAUAUCUGGCUUGCUAAAUCCAGCAUUAAAAUCCCCACUAGAGGCUGUUCCGGGCCCGUCAAAUCUCUCCACAAGCAGUUUAUUAAGUGAACCUCUUAAAAUCAACACAGAAUUAUCGAACCCGAGCACUAGUCUGUUAAGUGGAUCAUUAAGUAGUUUCCUCACAAGCAAACGCAUAUCGCCAUCGCUUGCAUCUCCUGAACCGAAAAUAGGUUUGCUUGAAACCAUAGCAAGCAAAAAUCAACUGAGUGAAACCAUACAAAAAUUGGAAUGCGCUAUACAAAGACGUACUCCAGUUACGAGUCAUCCUGUAACUCCCACAACACCUCUUUCAGCGGCUGCAGCUGAAACUUAUUCAGAUGAUAGCAACGAUAGCACCGAUUCUGAGAGACGUUUGGUAAUCGAAGAUGUUGCUGAAGAAUCAGCCCCGGCACAAUCUGACCAGAAAUCGAGCCCAGUCGAAAUGCGCCCAGACUCUAGUAAGUCAACAACCCCUGUUAAAUUAGACACUUCUGUCGAAAGCACGAACAGCAGCAAUCAUACGCAAAUGGACAUUCCGACACCUACUCCGAUUAAAAUACUAACGUCUGCUGAAGGACGAGCGAGUUCAAUAACCACGAACACAGGUUGUAGUAACACAAUUACCACGUCGAUGCCGUCCAGUUUGGUUAGCAAAUUGCCAGGUUCAACAACAGUCAUGACUUACCAAACCCCGAGCAAAGCAAUAGCAGCAUCAGCAAUUUUAACAUCAACUUCAUCACCGGCGACGCAAAAAUCAGCUAUUAUAAUGCCAACGGGAAUGCAACAGUUGUGCACUACAAGAAGUGAAAGAAUUUCUGGAAUAGGUGGUGUUAAUUUCACACAAAGCAACACAACGACUGGUACACUUUUGAAGGCAAGUAGUACCACGCAUACCACGAGUUCUUUGACAGCGACUACUACGGGAGUGCCCAUUGAAUUGCCCGAUAUACCAGCUUCGGUAGUAGUAGCCUCUAGCGCUGUGCCUUCCGUAAUGGCAGCCGCCCAAGCUGCUGCCGCUGCAUUACAAAUACCGAAGCCGACAACCCAGAAGCAUUUGCAACACAUUUCAACACAACCAUCGCAACAAGGCAUACAAACUAACUUCAGUAAAUCCAGUACCCAGAUCAUUCAACAAACGUUGGGCAAUCAAGGCAAUUCAACAAACACUGCAUUCAUGACGGUAGCGAAGUCCUUAGAAAGUACAGCUACAAUACGUUCCAUUUGUACAGCGGCGAAACAAAUCGGCUUCUCCGGACAUUUGCAAAGCGCCGCAAAAAGCCUAUUUCAUGCUUCUUCACCUACAGUGAGUUAUAUGAGUGGUCCAAGCUCCACCUCAGGCUUCUAUUUGGAUCCUCGCACAGAAUUAAGGCCGGAUGAUGGUUUGAAACCUUUGAGUGACGUGCAACAAAGAUACGAUAAAGAAAAGCUCAGUGUCAUAACGACGAUUAGUACGUCAUCUACACCUACUAUUGCUGCACAAAUAAAAGAUAUCCAUACAACCUCUUCCGCACUGGAAUCCUGCUCGAAUAUUACCGACAAUCACAACGACUCCAUAAACCAAUUGCUUUGUGAGGAGACGAUACCAGGUAGUCCUGUUUCCGUCAUAGCCGGACGUGAAGAUUCUCAAGAACGGACCGCGACUGGCAUAAUGCAAGAAACUACAUCAGAUGAUAAAGAUUUUUCGAAUAUUAAUCCAAGCACACAAAUUACGAGUACAGUUAAUGCUACUACAGCUAGCAGCUCACCGAACGACUCCGCAAGUCAAGAUGACGAAAGUAGUGAAGAUGUAAAAAAAUCUAUGGAUAUUGAAAACGAAGUCUCGCCACGUAAGCGUAGACGUACUCGAAAGCAAGGCGAAACCGUUUCCAUACCUGGCAAUGAACCUCAACAGCAGCAGCAACAAACUAAGCGACGGCGACCUCUCGCUUCUAAUACUAAAAAGAACGCUGCGGGUUCUGACAGUGAUGAUAAUUCAGAUAAUGUUUCUCAGCGUAGUAGUACCACACACUCAGCAAGGCAACAACAACAUUUACCGCAACAUCAACAACAAAGUGCAUCCGGGUCGAGGCCUUGUCCUUAUAAUUUUCUUGUGCAAUUAGAUCCUUCUCUCAGCCCUGACCAGUGCAUAGCCAUUUUGCUAAAACAAAUCCAGGACUUACGUAAAACUUACAACAUAAUCAAAAGCGAUUUAGCGAGCAUAGAUCGAAGACGGAAAAAGUUGCGACGACGUGAAAGAGAGAAGAAACAACAACAAAUGCAAAAUCAACAGCAAAUGAAAAUCGGAUCUUAAGCGUGAAUCAUUGUAGACAUUUAAUGUUUAAGUACUCUUUGUUUCCUUAUUUUUUUAACUGAAUCAAAGAAAAAAAA